UCUUUGUACGCAACCAGUUCGACGCUAAUUUUAGCUUCGGAUUUGGAUUAGAAUUUCCGAAAGGGUUGGCGCUUUUUUAGUAAUCUAGAGACCUCGAUUCUCCCUCCGUUCUCUUUGACUCAAUCAUUCCUCUCUCUCUCUCCAUCAUGGCGAUCGCCGUUGCGCUGAUGAUGGUUCCUGUAGGCCUUCUGUUUCUUCUCUCGGGCUUGAUCGUCAAUCUCAUUCAGGCCACUUGUUUUGUUGCAAUACGUCCUUUUUCAAAAAACACAUACAGGAAGAUCAAUAGAGUUGUGGCUGAACUGUUAUGGAUUCAGCUUAUCUUCCUUGUUGAUUGGUGGGCAGGGCUUAAGGUCCGUGUAUAUGCAGAUUCUGAAACUUUUAACUCAAUGGGAAAAGAGCAUGCACUUGUUAUCAGUAAUCAUAGAAGUGACAUUGACUGGCUUGUCGGAUGGAUUUUAGCUCAGCGCUCAGGUUGCCUUGGCAGUGCUUUAGCAGUGAUGAAGAAAUCAUCUAAAUACCUUCCAGUGAUUGGUUGGUCCAUGUGGUUUAAUGAAUACCUCUUUCUGGAGAGAAACUGGGCUAAGGAUGAAAACACGUUGAAGUCAGGCAUGCAGCGGUUGAGUGACUAUCCUCGACCAUUUUGGCUGGCUCUGUUUGUUGAAGGCACUCGGUUUACCCCAGCGAAACUUUUAGCAGCUCAAGAAUUUGCAAAUUCACAGGGUCUACCAGUUCCUAAAAACGUUCUGAUUCCUCGUACUAAGGGUUUUGUUUCAGCUGUAAAUAAUAUGCGCUCAUUUGUUCCAGCUAUAUAUGACUGCACAGUUAGUGUUCCCAAAGAUCAACCCUCUCCUACAAUGCUUAGAAUUUUGAAAGGACAAUCAUCAGUGGUACAUGUGCACGUCAAACGUCAUUCUAUGAAGGAGUUGCCUCAGACUGAUGAUGGAGUUGCCCAAUGGUGCAAAGACACCUUUGUAGCAAAGGUAUUUCACUUAACUGUUUCAUAUUUCAUAAACAGUAUCGAAAAAUUUAUGGAACUCCUACAAUAUAAACUUUAUAACCAUAUCAGCUUCAUCUAUGUGGGAUCCCAAUUAAUAUGUAUAUAUCCGCUACUUCUAACCCCAACCCCCACCACCACCACCCCCCAAAAAAAGAGGAAAAUGAAAAGAAAAAAGAUCAGUCUCUUUCUUCUCUCUUAUUACUUUAUCAUUUUCUCUAUGCAACAGGUUGUUAUAUUUUGGGCCUCUCUCCUGUCAUGUACUGCUUUUAGAUUCUUGAAAUGGACUUCGCUCCUUUCGACAUGGAAAGGAGUUGGCUUUGCAGCUCUGGGAUUGUUACUGGUUACGCUCGUUAUGCACGUGUUCAUUCUGUAUUCACAGGCCGAGCGUUCAACUACUGCUAGAGCUGCUCGAGCAAGAACAAAGAAAGAUUAGUACCAGAAUUGCGGGUUCCAGCUGCUGCUCUAAUUGAGGGGAAAAAAAGCUGCAUCCAUAGUUUCUUUCAUGAUACAUAUCAUUAUAAUCUGCAUAGGAAUUUGUAGAAAUGUCCUGUCUUGUUUUGUAUUAAGUUUUUGGCUUUUUAUUUUUUUAUGUAUGGGGACUUUUAAGGUGUUUAUAGAUGAUCAUAUUUGAUAUGCAUAUUGAUUUGUUACAUUGCUGUUUGA